CGAAUUUUGAAUCUUUUGAAUCAUUCGAAUUCUCUCGGGACGGUCGAACCGGAACAGGAGAUGCCCAACGGCUUCUUUGGUCUGAGACAGAGUUCGAAGGACGACAGAGACAGAGACAGAGACGCCGACUAUGGACGAAUCCGAGCCCCCGACACCGAAAAAGACCACCAGGGUCUUUGUCCUCCUCGGCCAGUCCAACAUGGUGGGAAUGGGCACCGUCCAAGGAGCGGACACCGAGGGAACCCUCCAGCACGCCGUCCAGCAAAAGAAGCUGUACCGGUACCUGGUGGACGCGGCCACCGGCGAGUGGAAGGAGGUCGUCGAUCCCUCUGUUCGGAACAUCUUCACCAUGGGAAGCGGGAACGACCCCCGGGACGGCGUCCGCCAGAACGAAUUGCUGACGGUGAAACACUCCCGGAUGAUCGGGCCCGAGAUCGGGAUCGGCUGCGUCCUCGGCCGGUGGAGGAGGUCGGAAGCGGCCGCACGAACCCCAACCCCGAACGGCAGCAGCAGCAGCAGUAAUAGAAGCAGCCACCCCAACGACGAAAUCGAAACCGUCCUCCUCAAGAGCUGCAUCGGCAACCGGAGCCUGGGCUGGGACCUCCUGCCCCCGGGGAGCCCGUCCUUCGAGCACACCGAGCCUUCCUCGGGGAAGAAGUGGACCUACGCGGGGUACGGCCAGUCCCCCAGCCGAUGGGAGGCCGGGACCGAUCCCGUCCCCGACCCUUCGUGGCACGCGGGGGAGCAGUACGACGGGGACGUCCGCAGGGCCCGAAGGGUCCUGGAGGGCCUUUCCGGAGACGGCGAAAACGACGGUGCCGUGUCCGUCGCGGGCUUUUUCUUCUGGCAGGGCGACAAGGACCGGUACGACCUCGCGUACGCGGGGAGGUACAAGGAAAACCUGGCCCGGCUGGUCCGGGCGCUGCGGAAGGACUUUGGGGCCCCUGGGGCGCCCUUUGUCCUGGCCACCCUGGGCCAGACGGCGAGAGACCAAGCCGGGACCGGUGCCGACGGGCUCAUCUUCGAGGCGCAGACCGGGCUGCAGGAACUGCCCGAAUUUUCCGGGAACGCGUUCUGCGUCUACUCCAAGCCCUUUUGCCACGGCGGGGCGUCAAACGGCCACUACAACCACAACGCCGAGACCUACAUGGACGUGGGGCUGGCGAUGGGCCGUGCCAUGGUGGACCUCCUUGCGGACGAUGCCACCCAGAGCCCGGGCCCGACGGGCAUCUUGUAAACUAAUACUCUAUCUAAAUUAU